ACCGGGCGGCUCCUCCCGCCCCCCCCCGCCCAACCCCGCGCGCCCGCCGGGGCCGCGGAGAGGAGCGCGCGGCCGCGCUGAGCAGAGCGGAGCCGAGCCGGGGGCGCAGAGCGCGGGAGGCGGCGGCGGUGGCGCGGAGCCCAGGUGGCCCUGCUGCCGGAUGGGAGUGCCCGGGCGCGCGCACCAUGUCAUCAUGCGUCUCUAGCCAGCCCAGCAGCGACCCGGCCGCCCUCCAGGAUGAGCUGGGGGGCGGCGGCGGCAGCGAAGGCCAGAAGCCCUGUGAGGCCCUGCAGGGCCUCUCGUCCCUGAGCAUCCGGCUGGGCAUGGAGUCCUUCAUCGUGGUCACCGAGUGUGAGCCGGGCUGCGCAGUGGACCGCGGCCCGGCCCGGGACCGGCCCCAGGAGGCCGAUGGCCGAGAGGGACCCCCCGACGCCUCCGCCUCCGGGCCCCAGGCCCGGCCCCAGCUGUGCAGUCGCAAGCUCUCCCUGCAGGAGCGGUCCCAGCUGGAUGCGAACGGACGCUGCGUCUACGCGGCCCUGCCCCACUCGCCGGUGGGCUCCCCGCAGUCCUCGCCGCGGCUGCCCCGGCGGCCCACCGUGGAGUCCCACCAUGUCUCCAUCACUGGCAUGCAGGAUUGUGUACAGCUGAAUCAGUACACGCUGAAGGAUGAAAUUGGAAAGGGCUCCUAUGGUGUGGUCAAGUUGGCCUACAAUGAAAAUGACAAUACCUAUUACGCGAUGAAGGUGCUGUCCAAAAAGAAGCUGAUCCGACAGGCGGGCUUUCCACGUCGCCCCCCGCCCCGAGGCACUCGGCCAGCCCCUGGAGGCUGCAUCCAGCCUAGGGGCCCCAUUGAGCAGGUGUACCAGGAAAUCGCCAUCCUCAAGAAGCUAGACCACCCCAAUGUUGUGAAGCUGGUGGAGGUCCUGGAUGACCCCAAUGAGGACCAUCUGUACAUGGUGUUUGAACUGGUCAACCAAGGGCCUGUGAUGGAAGUGCCCACCCUCAAACCACUCUCGGAAGACCAGGCCCGUUUCUACUUCCAGGACCUGAUCAAAGGCAUAGAGUACCUACACUACCAGAAGAUCAUCCACCGGGACAUCAAACCUUCUAACCUCCUGGUGGGAGAAGAUGGGCACAUCAAGAUUGCCGACUUCGGUGUGAGCAACGAGUUCAAGGGCAGCGACGCGCUCCUCUCUAACACCGUGGGCACACCCGCCUUCAUGGCACCAGAGUCGCUCUCGGAGACCCGGAAGAUCUUCUCUGGGAAGGCUUUGGAUGUUUGGGCCAUGGGUGUGACGCUGUACUGCUUUGUGUUUGGCCAGUGCCCGUUCAUGGACGAGCGGAUCAUGUGUUUGCACAGCAAGAUCAAGAGUCAGGCCCUGGAAUUUCCAGAUCAGCCUGACAUAGCUGAGGACUUGAAGGACCUGAUCACCCGCAUGUUGGACAAGAACCCGGAAUCAAGGAUCGUGGUGCCGGAAAUCAAGCUGCACCCCUGGGUCACGAGGCAUGGGGCGGAGCCGUUGCCAUCGGAGGACGAGAACUGCACGCUGGUCGAGGUGACCGAAGAGGAGGUCGAGAAUUCGGUCAAACACAUUCCCAGCCUGGCAACCGUGAUCCUGGUGAAGACCAUGAUACGGAAACGCUCCUUCGGGAACCCGUUUGAGGGCAGCCGGCGGGAGGAGCGCUCCCUGUCAGCGCCUGGAAACCUGCUCACCAAAAAACCAACCAGGGAGUGUGAGCCCCUGUCUGAGCCCAAGGAAAAAGAAAAUGCAAAUAUCUGCCCUAGUAUCAGUGAGCCACAUGGUUCAAGAUGAUAGCCGACUGCCGUUCCGGAUGGUUCUAUGAUCCCAUGUGUCUUUGAUUGUUCACGUCACCACUAGAGGGAGACAAGUGCAACACGAACGCACCUCAGACCUACUCGGCUGGCCCCUGGGAGGGCUGCUUUGUUUAAGAGUGGCAAAAUCCGUGACAGAGGCCACAGAGCGCCCACGAAAAUGUACACGGCUAAGGUCUUUGCUACCUCAAGGAAGUGGCAAACCUGACCCUGGCCCCUCGGUCCUUCCGUCAAAUGACCAGCUCUCCUGGGUUGAACACUGUCACCCAAGAUUUGUAGCCAUCUGGAACCUGUGAAUGCGAAAUGCAAGUAGGGAAACAGGGUUUUUGCAGGUGGAAUGAGUUAAGCUGAGCUCGUACUGAAUUAGCGUGGACUCUGAUUCCAUAUGACUGGUGUCCUAUAAGGAGGGGACACACAGAGAUGUGCCCAGAGGGAAGAAGGCCAUGUGACAAGGGUGGCAGAGACGGGAGUGAUGGGUCUAUGAGCCAAGGAACACCGAGCAUCGCAGGGAGCCACCAGAACCUGGAAGAGGCAAAGAAGGUGGCUGGCCUUGCUGACACCCUGAUUUGGGGCCUCUAGCAUCCAGAUCUGUGAGAGAGUAACUUCCUGUUGUUUCAAGCCACCCACUUUGUUAAUUAGUUAAGGUAGCCCCAGGACACUGAGAAACUAAUUCCUGGGUCAGGCCCCAGCAGUCUUUGGUCCAGAGGAUCACAAGCUCACCUGCUCCUCAAAAUCAGUACAGGGACAAGGCUCUGCUUGAACACUCUCUCUGGCACCUAGCCUUCCCACUGCCCUUGGGGGGCUGAGUGAGUGCUGGUCUUUGAUGGGCAUGGAUGCCCCCACUGGGGAGUGAUCCAGCCACUAUCGCCCCCGGCCCCCACACAAGAGAACCAGGGCCCAAGCUCACACCUACCUGAAAUUGUAGCCGGGGGACACAUUGUGGUCCACAUCCCGGGUAUCCAGGCGGCGGAAGGAGUAGCUGGGCAAGCAGAGGGAGGAGGUUCUGUCCAGGUUGCAGUCCCAGUUGAUCUGGAUGCCCAUGAUGCCUCCCUGUGGGUUGUGAGCAGAGACAGAGCCAGCUUUCCUCGCGGCGCAUUCUAGAAUGAGGUGUGUUGAAAACUGUCAGAGAAGCCAGGGGCCCGUGCCUACCUCGAUGGCCAUGUCCUGGAAGCUGUGCCCUGCGCUCUCCACUAUUUUGCCAAGACGGAAUAUGGGGCAGAAGGGAUCUGUUACAGCAUCAUAAGUGCAUGAUUUGAGGUAGGUAGUGGUGAUGUUGGGAAGAAUAUUCCUCCUGAAAUCAAAAGGAAGCAGAAAUGAAGCGAGGAAAACCUCAAAGAAGAGCCAGAAGUUGCUCUAAAACACCGGGGAACUCACUCAGCCGGCCAGCACUUACUUGCUGAAAUUAAAUUUGGGGUACCAGAUGUUGUUCUUAACCAAAAGAGUGAAGUUUUCCGCAGCCUUUAAAAAAGCAGGUCUGAAAAAAAUCGUAACGUAUCGUUAAUAAAAGUACACAUAUACGUAUACUCACAUCCUUAGGCAAUAUUUUAACAAAGCACGUGCACAUGCGCCUUACAACGUCAUUUUGUCAAGAAAAAAAGUGAGGGCGCCUGGGUGGCUCAGUCGGCUAAGCGGCUGCCUUCGGCUCAGGUCAUGAUCCUGGGGUCCUGGGAUUGAGUCCCACGUCCGGCUCCCUGCUCAGUGGGGAGCCUGCUUCUCCCUCUCCCUCUGCCUGCCACUCUGCCUACUUGUGCUGUCUCUCUAUCUCUCUGUCAAGUAAAUAAAAUCUUAAAAAAAAAAAAAAAAAGUGAAACAUCUCAAGCAUUUCCUACUCUCCUCUGUAUAAACACUAGGUCAGCAAGGGGAGACUAAACCAAGCCUUUCCAUUUCUUCCUCUCGUGCCUCUUGCUGAAGGCAGCGGGAAUUUAAGAGCUGGAGGAAUAGUGAAGGAGGGGUGAGGCCUAGUGGCUUCCCGGGGAAAUUAUUCAGCCUGCAGCUGUGGGGUUCCAGAGCUCGCCUCCCUCAGGCGCUCUCAGGGGAAUGCUCCACAGAUCUGGUUUUACAAGUCAAAGCAAAGGUAAAUUCACCCACAGGGUGGAUCCUGACCUCAUCUCAAAAGUACAUAAAAAUCACAUGUCUGUUGGCGCAGGGCCUUGACUCUGAGGUGCCACGUCAGCUCCGUGCUGACAGUACAACCUGAAUCUGGGGCUCCGAGGGGGCCCCACUCCUUUGGUGGGUUUCUAUGGAGAAUCCAGAGCUGUAGGCAGACUCCUCUGUGUGUGGGCGGGGGGGGGGGGCUCCCCUGAUCGAGGUGGAAUCUUUGAGUUUAGAAACAGUUUCAACAGUCUUCUCAACCCUGAGACAGAAGCAAGGCCACAGAGCAAAGAGAGCCGAGCCUGUUGCUGCUGAUGACGAGAAAGGCCUUGACCAAGGUGCUUUUCCGGGGCUUUAAAUCCCCUCAUCCCUGUAUCCAGAGGGAUGCAUUAUAUCAGGAUUUUUCGAACUACUGUCAUUCCCUAUACUUUUUUUAAGAUUUUAUUUAUUUGUCAGAGAGAGAGAGUGCACAAGCAAGGGGAGCAGCAGAGGGAGAGGGAGAAGCAGACUCCCCACUGAGCAGGGAGCCCCAUGUGGGACUCGAUCCCAGGACCCUGGGACCAUGACCUGAGCUGAAGGCAGAUGCUUAACCAACUGAGCCACCCAGGCGCCCCUGUCGUUCCCUAUACUGUAACUUUCCCCCCACAUCUGUCUACCUCAUAUGCAAUACUUUUUUUUUUUUUCAAGAUUUUUAUUUAUUUGACAGAGAGACAGCGAGAGCAGGAACACAAGCAGGGGGAGUGGGAGAGCGAGAAGCAGGCUUCCUGCCGAGCAGGGAGCCCGAUGUGGGACUCGAUCCCAGGACACUGGGAUCAUGACCUGAGCCGAAGGCAGACGCUUAACGACUGAGCCACCCAGGCGCCCCAUAUGCAAUACUUAAAAAAAAAAAAAAAAAGAUUUUAUUUUUAAGUAAUCUCUACACCCAGUGUGGGGGCUCAAACUCAAAAUCCCGAGAUCAAGAGUCACACGCUCUAUCCACUGAGCCAGACAGGAGCCCCUUAUAUGCAAUACUUUUAAGAUUGACUCACCGGUUUUAAAAAAUUAAGGUGAAAUUCACAUAAUGUAAAAUUAACCAUUUUAAAGUGUUUAAUUCAGCGGCAUUAAACACAUUCAGGAUGUGCAAACCAUCUCCAACAUCUGGUUCUAGAACAUUUCCAUCACCCCCAAAGGAAACUUUGUACCCAUUUAACAGUAGCUAUCUAUUUUCCCUUCCGCCCAGCCUUUGGGAACUACUCAUCUACUUUUUGUUUCUCUAGAUUUGUCUACUCUGGAUCUUUCAGAUGAAUGGAAUCAUACAGUAUGUGUCCUUUUGUGUCUGGUUUCUUUCACUUAGCACCCCGUCUUCCAGGUUCAUCCAUGUUGUAGCAUGUAACACUUCAUUCUUUUUUUAUGCCUGAGUCAUAUUCCCUUGCAUGGAUGGACUAUAACCUGUUUAUCUCUUUCUCUGUUGUUGGACAUUUGGGUUGUUUCCGCUUUUACGAUCAACUCACUUUUUGAAUUGGCAUUCAUUUUGAAAUGAAAUUUUCCAUCAUGACCAUAAGAGGUAUCACUGGCCCCAAGUCAGAGGUCACUGUUCAAAUAAAUAUAAUCAAAUCAAAACAAUAUUACUAAAUGUUGUAGUUAAUAUUACUGUUUGCCCAAGGUGCUGAAUCUGGGGAUUAUUCUUUGUGAGAAAUGGAAAUUAGCAAAUGACAACAGACACCCCAAACCAGGAUUUCCUCCUUGAUAUAAGUACAGAAGCUGAAUUUGAACGGACAUGGGAAUGUCUAUCCAUGUGACUCAUGUUAUUUUAUGUAUCACUGUACACUUAAAAAUCACCUUCCACUGGGGGCACCUGGGUGGUGCAGUCGGUUGAGCAUCCGACUCAUGAUUUCAGCUCAGGUCAUGAUCUCAGGGUUGUGAGAUUGAGCCCCGUGUCUGGCUCCGCGCUUAGCGCAGAGUCCGCUUGGGACUCUCUCUCCCUCUCCCUCUGCUCCUUCCCCCUGUGCUCUCUCUCUCUAAAGUAAAUAAAUAAAUCUUUAAAAAAAAUCACCUUCCACAAGAUUAAAUCUAUAACCUUGCUGUCCAAUGAAAAUAUAAUGAGACACAAAUACAAACCACCUCGUAAUUCCAAUUCCUCACAUUAAAAAGUAAAAAGAAGGGGCGCCUGGGUGGCUCAUUCAUUAGGCGUCUGCCUUCGGCUCAGGUCAUGAUCCCAGGGUCCUGGGAUCCAGCCCUGAGUUGGGCUCCCUGCUCAGCGGGGGGCCUGCUUCUCCCUCUCACUCUGCCCCCCCCCCCGCUCCAUGCUGCACACAUGUGUGUGCUCUCUCUCUCACUCAGAUAAAUAAAAUCUUAAAAAAAAAAAAGCAAAAAGAAACAAGUGAAAUUAACUUUUGUAUAAUAACCCAAUAUAUCUAAAGUAUUACUUCACCAGGUAAACACAUAUUAAUUUUAUACAUACAUACACACACACACACAUAUAUGUAUAUAUAUAUUUUUCCCCCCAUAAUGUCUUUGGACUCUGGAGUGCAUUUUACACAGAGCAGUUUAUUUGGCUCCAGACACAUUGCGAGCGCUCGGUAAACACCCACGGCCAGUGGCACUGAUGUUAGGGAGGGAGCACGGCUCUGUAAGACCCUUUCCACCUCAGAAAUGUUAGAUUCCUUUUCUUUUACUGUUUCCUUCCCUGGCCUGAGCUGCUGCCCUCAGCAAUCUUGAGAGAGCUUGUUUGGAGGUUCUAGCAGGGGAGCGCAGCUACUCGUAUACCCUUGACCGAAGAACGGUCCUCCUCUAUCGGGGAAGGUCGUCCUCUUCGACCGAGCGCGCAGCUUCGGGAGGGACGCACAUGGAGCGGUGAGGGAGGAAGGGGACACCCGCCUAGCCAACCAGAUCAGCCGAAUCAACCCUGGCGAUCAAUGGGGUGACAGAUGUCGCAGCCAGAUCGCCCUCACAUCCUGCCCUCAGCAAUCUUGAAAUCAGAGGUUCUUCUGUUGCAGCAUACCUGGGAUGGGGUUCAUGGGACUCCCUGCGCCUCUGGCCUCAUCCAGGCCUCAGUCUGAACUCUGGGUCAGGAAUGCUGGAGUUGCAAGCCAUUCUGGGAGCAUUACCUCUAACCCUACCCAGUCCAAGCAGAGCAAAUUACUAUUGGGAAAAAUGUUAUUCUGGGGCAACCCUGGACCUGUUCUACUUUAUACAACACACUUCAGUGGACAUUAUUUAUUUUCCGGCCCAGCCUCUGUUCCCUUCUUUUCUGGUAACAGAACCCCCAGUUUCCUUUGGAAGCCACACCUCCCUACUCUCAGGCUGUGUUCCUCGGGCGGGACUGACUCCACCAUAGCUCCGAGAUCGGCAGGUGACCCAGGCCUGAGCUGAUAAGCAAAAUCCAUGCCCCAGCUACAGUGUGGGCUGAGGGAUGUGGCUGAAGAUGUGAUGAUGGACAGAUCUAGAACCUCUAUGGACAACUGGGCUGGAAGACUUGGGGGAAUGUAAGCCCGGAGCCACCUCCUGGGACUACACCAUGGGUCCUGCAAACGAAGCCAGUAUGGGGGGAAGCAGAGUCAAAAUGUAGAGACUCUGAAGCUGUCCUUUGAGCCCCAGGUCUAGUCGUGCUGGGCUCUUCGUAGUUUGUUGAACAAUAAACUGCCCCUGCUAUGUGUGUGUCCUGGGUAAGGCACUGAGAACUGUUUCCUGGAGUUACUCGCAACUGACAAGAGUCCAGACAUGGAAAUAAAUCAGCUGCAGUCCCAUGACAAGUGACAAACACUGUGGCCCACCUUGCCUCUGAUGGUUGCCUGUGGUCCCCGCCCUGCGGAAGCCUGACUCCACACAGACACCAAGAGCACAACACACAAGCCUUAACUCCCCUGCCGCCUUCCCUCGGGCAGGACUCACUUGGGCACGUGGCUAUCAUCCUCCACUGGGCACCAGGCUGCCACCUCGCAUGUCUUCACAGUCCCAUUGAACAGCACACAUCUUCCUGUUGCAAUUCCUGCAGGGGCAAGGGAACCCAGGUCUGCAGGGGUCUCCUAUUUUCUACUUUGCAAGGUAGAGAGUGGGAGCACCGCCACAGCAUCCUGUGCAAUCAAUCGUGAUCUAUUCCAAUUCUGGGAUUUAUACAGUUUCCAGAAACGAGAGGAAAAGAGUUGCCUGAGUCCAAAGGCAGCGCUAGGACGAUGCCAAGCUCCAGCACAGGGCAAGAUCUGGGAUGGCUUCUGGGGCACGGGUGACAGGUGAAUGUUGAGAAGAUCCUGGGACCCUAACCUAAACAGCAAGCUCACUCAGGGUCAUGUGGAGGAAUUGGGGAAUGUGCGGGAUUUCUCCAUCCUGAAGAUUUCUCUAUGAGACAGGCCCCACAGAGGAGGCAAUCUAGUCAGGGGCUGCCCUCCCCAGGCUAAGUGUCUACUGUGGGGUCACAGCCACAUGCUCAUACCAUUGCUGUGGGUGCCUGAAGAGCCAGCAACACAGUUGGCAUCUGAUUUACACACAGUGGUCUUAUCUGGAAGCUGGAAAAUGAAGAAAGAGGGAAAUGCCAUGUGGUCAGUCAGGUGCCGACGAGAGGGGCCUGAGGCCCGAGGCUCUUCCCAGAGAAGCUGCCUACCUCAGGACAGAAGCCCUGGGUCUGGUUCACGGUGAUGAUCAUGUUGGUCAUGAUGAAGAGGGAGUUUUCCUCCUGCAGAAGGGAGACAGCAUCACUCUGUUACCUUCAAAGGAAUCAAGCCGAGCCACGAAGAACGCCAGUCACUCAUUUAAUAGGACAGUACCUUUCACUUUGCCCACAUGCCAUGCAAAAAACAAUUUAAAAAAUGAUCUUUUGAUCUCUUGUUCUCUGAGAGUUUAUAAUCUAACUGAAGACAGGAUUCAAAUAAAUACUGUACCAUAGUCCCCCUUAUCUCCAGGGGAUGCCUAAAACUGCAUAUAGUAUAUGCAGAGGGUGGGAUGAGGAGCGAUUGCUUAAUGGGUGUGGGGUUUCCUCUUAGGGUAGCGAAAUGUUCUGGAACUAGAAGGAGGUGAUAGUUGCAUAAUAUUGUGAAUGUACUAAAUGCCACAGAAUUUUUAAAUCUGAAAUAGUUAAUAUUAUGACAUAUGAAUUUCACCUCAGUGGAAAAGGAAAUGCCUAUCACCUGAGGUGGUUCCUUAAUUAAAGCUUGGCUUGUUGAGGGAAAAGAUCCAACAGGUGCGCAAAACAUCAUCUGCCAACCAGGCUACCUCAGAGGUACAAAAACACAAGGCCACCAAAGUCCCAAGUUUGGCUGGUUUUCUUUCCUAACUGAAAUUAAAUAAAUAAAACAUUCUAGAGAAGACCCAGUCAGGGUCCGUAACUGACGCUCCUCCCUUCGAGAAGGUUCUGUUUUCUCCUCCUAGGAAGGUGCCAAAUGGUUGAUUUAAAGUUUCUGGAGUGCAGUUCACUGGGGAUGAGACUAAAGAGUCGGUUGCUAAGGACCUUCCAACAUUAGGAGUAAAAGACAAAGAUGCGCAAGAAUUCUAGUUGGACCUCCCCCUCACUGAGCACUGGCAUUCUAAAAUGAAAUACCGGAAGCUUUCUCUCGGCAUUUCAGACUCCCAGGAAAAGUGGAGUCAGCACUGGGAGCCACGUGGGGGAUCAGGGUAACUCAAGGAUCAAAGUGUCUGUAGACAUCUCCACCCCCAGGUCUGACGAGGUGGUGGAAGCUCUGGGAAUGGCUGGCAUCUUCCAAAGAAAGGCCUAGAACAAGCCAUGUUGGGAGACAGGGAAUGACCCCAAGAGGAGGCCUGAGGUGGUGGCACGAUGCCCGCGCCUCUCCCCUGGCACCCCUGUCAGCGUCCUCGGUGUUCCCACAGAGACAUGCUGUUCACGUGGUCUAUAGAAGCUGCUCCAGCGGCUCCUGAGAUAGAUGUGAACAAUUCAAUAGGGUUUACUGUUUGUUUCCUAUUUCUUCUCUAUUUUAAGCUUAGGGAAACUUCAGUCCAGAGAUGAGCCGAGUAGAAGUGGUGCAAACUGACGUUUGUGUUCCAUCUGUGGAGAAGCAGGAGGCCAUUGUGAAAGCUCAUGAAGGGAGCUCUGUGGAGCUCACGAAGCCCCGGGGCCAGAGCUAAGCUGGAAGGCAGAGCUGCUGCCUCUUCCUUCCCACCGAGGGUCAGAAGCAGUGGGCCCACACUCUUCCUUGGUCCCAGUGAACACACUGAGUGUGGCGGCCCCAGAGCUUGCCAGGACGAGGCCAUGGCUUCACAGAAAGGAGUGGUCGCUCUGUUGACACAGGUGCAUGCCCAUAGGACCACCCACCUCCAGCAAACUACGAAUCCCCUGUUCCAUUUGGCCUGCAUUGCUUAUCCGCUCAGUCUUCCCUCUGGGCACCCCGCAAAACCCUUCUCUUGAGAAGGCAGGGAGAAAACAAACACACUUGAAGAAAAAGAGAGUUUCUGAAGUUCUUGCUUUCCCUUGCCAAGCUCUGAGACGAGAGAUUUAGCCACCCCAGACGUCCUAGCACGGAAGCCAUUUGGAGGGAUAUGUUAGGGUCUGGCUGCGGAGCAUAGACAUUAUGAUGGCUAAAGAGAGUCAGUAUUUAACUUGGAGCUUUGUGGAUUAACAGACUGGAUACUAGGAUGCUGUAUCAAACACCUUCUUCCCUUCUCCUCUGUUCCUGAUGAAAUCCUAUGUCUGUUUCCUUCCAGUCUGGCUUUGGUCUCCAAUUACCGAUCAACUUUCUACACUGAAAAGAUUUACCUUGUGGGUUUACAACAAUAAAGCACAUACAAAAUGUGGGAAGGCAAUAUUUCCACCCGAAUUUUUCCCAGGAUUUAAAAUAUUUGCUUUUCUACCUUUCGGGGCUUGAGACAGACUGAGUUGUCUGUGUUUAAGCCAGCCAUGAUUUAAAGCUGAAGAAACAUAGCUGGUUGAAUAUUGUUUAUUAGACCUUAAGGCAGAAAGAGAUCCUUCUGCACUGCUUUCUUGGACUAAGACAAUUAGUCUGGGCCUCUGUGAUGUUAGAACUCUGCCAAUCAUUAACCAAGAGUGCAAAGUCAGGGGGCGCCUGGGUGGCUCAGUCAUUGGGAGUCUGCCUUCGGCUCAGGUCAUGAUCCCAGGGUCCUGGGAUCAAUUCCCACAUUGGGCUCCCUGCUCGGCAGGGGGCCUGCUUCUCCCUCUCCUACUCCCCCUGCUUGUGUUCCGUCUCUCACUGUGUCUCUCUCUCUGUCAAAUAAGUAAAUAAAAAAUCUUAAAAAAAAAAAAAAAAGAAUGCAAAGUCAGUAAAGGGAAAGGAGCUAAUCAGAAGCUUUGGUGUCAGACAGAAGCCACGGUGGGAGGCAUACCUGGGCUGGAAUCACAUAAUCCGCCACAUCCCAGACCCGGAAUCCAAGUGUAGAAGUGUUGGUUACAGUCACGCCUUUGGCUUUGGUAGUAACUGAGCUGACCACAGAAUCUGUUUCUUGGUAGCCUUUUUCCCACACAAACACCCACCUACAAAAUAAAACAGGCCCUUUAAAUUGCCAUAAGGAUUCUGUGAAUUUGAACUGCUGCUAGGGAGCCUCUGAUAGCCAAAGGCUGACAGUAUAAUGUUCACUAAUUACAUGACUUUGCAAAACUGCUUGACUUUGGGGGGCUCCAUUACCACUUCUGCAAAAUGGGUGUAUAACCUAAACCACAGGGUGGUUUGUGGGAGAUAAAUGAGAUGACGCAGGUAAAGCACUUAGCAUAGUGAUCAGCACAAAGAAAGUACUCAAUGAAUGCUGUCUUUAUUAGGUAUUUGAGCACUUCCAAAGCACUACGACCUGCGGAAUUACCAAGAGAUGACAAAAAUUAUGAUAAUAGUUACCAUUUGAGUGUUUUCAGGUGCCAGGUACUGAUCUAAGCUCUAUAUAUGUAUUAACUAAUUUAAUCCUGACGACUUUAUAAGGCAGAUAUCAUUAUUAUUCUCUAGUUUUACAGAGGAGGAAACUGAGACACAGAGAGGUUACGUCACUUGCCCAAGGUCCACACAGCUAGCGAAUGACAAAGUCAGGAUUUGAACUCAAGUCUUUUGCUUCUGAAGCCUCUUUUCUUGCCCUGUAUGCUAUAUUCCUUCUAGAAAAGAGAAUCUCACUGUUCAAGUAACUUUUUAUACUAGUUUCUUACAUUUUUUCUCCAAGAAUUCAGGUCACAUGUAUGCUUCUCUUCUCUGGGAAGAACUGGGGGCCUUACAACCAGUCUGAAUAACUAAAAAUCUAAAGACAUUAGCGCGUAGUGGUUAGGACACUGGAACACAAACUGAAGCCAGCGAUCAUGGUUCAUUUCUCAGCUGCACCGUUCAUCAGGCAUAACUUUGGCCAAGUUGCUUAACUUCUCUAUGCCUCAGUUUUUCCCAUCAAUAAGAUGGGAAUGAUAAUAGGAUUUCACAGGACAGUUGUGAGGUUAAAUGAGUUUUGCCUAGUAGAUGUUUAGAACAAUGUUUGUGUUGCCAUUGUAGGCUGAAAUUGGCCUUGAUGGGAGUAUUUCCACCAUGGAAAUUGGCCAAUGCUACAAAUCAGAACUCCUUCCUGCCAGAGCUGUUAUUAAACACCUACCGGCGACUAUUAUUGUUGUUAUUAUUUCUAGAAACAAGAAAUGCUAGCAUCUGUCUCCUCUUAUAAGCCCUAGCUGCUGAAACUUCGAAAAAUCACUGGUUUUGGUUACUUAUACGUUAGUCUGGUCUGAGCAGUCUCCAUAUUCAUUGUCCAUCCUAGAGACAGGCUUUUCCCCAAAUAAGGCCUUUUCUUCAGGGGUUCUAGGAAUUUAGCUGCAAUAUAAAGCUUUCAUUUAAUUCUAUUCAGGCACACAGAAACUUAGGGCAGGAAGGUUACCAUUAUUUUACCAUAGUGUUCAGUGAGUUGCUGAAGAGAGACACAUGGUUUUACAGGGAUCACUAUGUAAUUGACUACCUCCUCAUCAUAUGACAGAUAACAGAAUUAGAUAAUUGAGAAAUGCAUGUUUAGUCUAAGAUGAAUUGGAUCAGGAAGCUAAGAGAUGAGUUAAAAAGAAAGAAAGAAAAAAGCCCUUAGUUCAGAUCCUGAGUCAGUUUUGAUCAUAGGAAGAUGGAUAAAGCUUUUACUGCUUUAUAGAUCCUCAUGAUCAAGGUAGCAAACAUUCCAGGAACCUUAGAAAGCUGUGCUGUCCAGCAGAAAGGUAACACAAGCCACAUAUGUAAUGUACUUUCUAGUAGCCAUGUUAAAAAGAAAAAUAGGUAAAAUUAAUUUUAAUGAUAGAUUUUAUGUUACCGAAUAUAUCCAAAAUAUUUUAACAUGUUAUCAAUCUAAGGUGUAUUAAUGUACUAUUUUACUUUUUUGGUUGUUUUGCACUAUGUUUUCGAAACCUCGUGUGUAUGUUAUGUUGACAGAGCAUCUUGAUUUGGAGUAGGUCCAUUUCAAGUGCUCAAAAGCCACAGGUGACUAGUGGGUACUACAUCAUCCGGUGCAUACCUCCUGUAGUCUAGAACUUUACAGAUACCCUAAGAUAGGGUUAAACUAAUCCUCCCCCUAGUAUCAAAAGCCAAGAGGGAAAAGCUGAGAGCCCUUCAUUCUAAACGCUUCCGAUCCAAUCCAGCAAUGUGAGUUUAGUUAGCCAGUUAGUAGCAGGUCUCAAAAUUUAAGGGUGCAUCACAAUCACUGGGGGGCAAGGAGUUGGUGGCGGUACUUAAUGAGACUAAAUCCAAACCUGGGAGUGGGCCAGGUGGUUCUGAUGUACAGCCCGUAUGUGGGAAGCCAUUUCACUGAAUCCUGUCAGAACUUACUGCUGCUGGGCUGAUAGCUGUUAGAAGCCAAUACCUGCCUGAUCAGGUGAAUUCCCGUGGACCAUGUUAACAUUCCAAGCCUCACCCCAGGGUGGGGGAUCUGUUACUUUUCUACGGUUCCUCAGGUGAGUCUUCCGUGAUUUGGUAGGUUUAGGAAACAUUAGGACAUUGGUUCUCAAACUGCUCCCCAUCAGAAUCACUUGGGGAGUCAGUCAUACUCCAUAGCAAUUAAAUCAGAAGGUCUGGGGAUGGGAGUCAGCAAUCAGUAUUUUUAAGAUUCCCCAAGGUUCUAAUGUGCGGCUGGGGACCACAGCAUUAGGCCUUCUAAGAAAAGGAAUGCCAGAACGGAUAACAUCUGUCAGCUCAGCAGCUGUAGACACCAUUAACACCCUAGGUGGACCUUGAAAGUGGGCCCAGUUAAUUUCUACCUUCUCUCGAGUUUCAUUAAUUGUAAUGGGUGCGGGGCGCCUGGGUGGCUUAGUUGUUGGGCGUCUGCCUUCGGCUCAGGUCAUGAUCCCAGAAUUCUGGGAUCGAGCCCCACAUCGGGCUCCCUGCGCAGCGGGAAGCCUGCUUCUCCCUCUCCCACUCCCCCUGCUUGUGUUCCCUCUCUGUCAAAUAAAUAAAAUCUUAAAAAAAACAAAUUGUAAUGGGUGCACUCAAUUAAAAUUAAGCACUUGGUGAGGGGACAGAAGGUAGCAGGACAUAUAGAAGUGUAAGAGGGCAGCAUGGGGAAUGAUGAAGCGAAGGAAGGUACCUAUACAAAACCCCCCCAACAACUCCACAAAACGAAGUGAACUUUAAAUGCUUUCUCGAGUGUGACCUCUUCAUCAUCUUGGGUUACCCCAUGAUACUUAAAGGAAAGGACCGGAAGCCACUGGCCCAAAAGGAACCACAGGGAAAGUCCAAGCCUUGGUUUCUCUCAGCAGAUCAUCAGAAUGGGAAGUGAAGUGCAAAGAUUGAAACGUUAAGGGCAAAGCCAAAGGACAGCAUGGAGCAACUCGGAACAAGAAGCAGGAAGGGUGAGGAUGAAGGUCUAGCCAGGCUUUGCCCUGAAAAAAAACCACAGUAUCAAAGCAGUCUCCUGCCCCGGAGCCCGGCCCACCGCCCGGCCCUCUGGGGGCCAGGGUCCGGGGAGGCGUAUGUCAUCCGCCUCUGGUCGCCGUCCCCCGGACCGCGCCUGGAGGCCGCCUGCGGGGCUCGCCCGGUGACCCAGGCCAAGAGCAGCAGGUGCACGGCCAGGACCCAGAAGCGGAGUUCCCGGCCGUCGCAACACUCCGGACCCCCGAGCCCCUCGGGGACAGCGCCCGCGGCCGCGCUCACCCGAUGACGUAGGCCAGGAUGAGCAGCUGCACGGCCCGGUUCAUGAGCCCCACUUUACGGCUGCGGAUGAGCACGAUGCGCGGCGUGUCGUACUCGAACAGGAAGGCGGCCAGCACCGCGCAGCAGCCCGCCAUGGCCGGCUGCCGCCGCGCCGCCCGGCUCCACGCUCUGCGCCCGGCCACCCGACCCGCCGCCGGGUCCGCGCCCGGGAGCCCCGCCCAGGCGGCCCGCGGCGCCGCUACUCGCGUGGGAGGACCCGGAAGGAGGCGGCGCUGCGCCUCGGGGCGGGGGCCGGGCGUAGGCGACGUCCUUCUCGGGGAGAAUUGGAAAAUAAAGGGAAGUGGAGGAAACGCCCACGGUUCUACUCCUCGAACAUAAAUUUCCACGUUUAUUCAUUCCCUUUCAG